GGCUUGGGCGCUGCGGCGGUAGGAGGAGGACGGGGAAGGACGGAGCCCUGCCACGGCUGCCUCCCUCGCUCUCUACCUCGCGCACUCGCCCGCCCCCUCCCUCCCUCCCCUCCCUUCCCCGGCCCCGGCUCCGGCCCCGGCCCAUUCGCUGUUCCGUCUUCUGCAGGGAGGAUGUCGGGCUCGUCGCUCCCCAGUGCCCUGGCCCUCUCGCUGUUGCUGGUUUCUGGCUCCCUCCUCCCAGGGCCAGGCGCCGCUCAGAACGCUGGGUUUGUCAAGUCGCCCAUGUCAGAAACUAAGCUCACUGGGGACGCCUUUGAGCUGUACUGUGACGUGGUCGGGAGCCCCACGCCAGAGAUCCAGUGGUGGUACGCAGAAGUCAACCGGGCAGAGUCUUUCAGACAGCUGUGGGACGGUGCUCGGAAGCGCCGUGUCACCGUAAACACCGCCUACGGGGCAAACGGCGUGAGUGUGCUGAGAAUAACCCGGCUCACCUUGGAGGACUCUGGGACUUACGAGUGCAGGGCCAGCAACGACCCCAAGAGGAAUGACUUGAGGCAAAACCCUUCCAUAACAUGGAUUCGAGCCCAGGCUACCAUAAGCGUGCUUCAGAAACCAAGGAUUGCCACCAGUGAAGAAGUCAUUAUUCGAGAAAGCCCUGCGCCCUCUGUUACCCUGCAGUGUAACCUCACCUCCAACUCUCACACCCUUACAUACAGCUACUGGACAAAGAAUGGGGUAGAACUGACUGCCACUCGUAAGAAUGCCAGCAACAUGGAAUACAGGAUCAAUAAGCCGAGAGCUGAGGAUUCAGGCGAAUACCACUGUGUAUAUCAGUUUCUCAGUGCUCCUAAAGCAAAUGCCACCAUUGAAGUAAAAGCUGCUCCUGACAUCACUGGCCAUAAACGGAGUGAGAACAAGAAUGAAGGGCAGGAUGCCAUGAUGUACUGCAAGUCAGUUGGCUACCCCCACCCAGAGUGGACAUGGCACAAGAAGGAGAAUGGUAUGCUCGUGGAUAUUGUCAAUACCUCUGGCCGCUUCAUCAUCAUCAACAGGGAAAAUUACACUGAGCUGAGCAUCACUAACCUCCAGAUCACAGAAGACCCUGGCGAGUAUGAAUGUAAUGCUACCAACUCCAUUGGCUCUGUCUCCGUUGUCACCAUCCUCAGGGUACGGAGCCACCUGGCCCCACUCUGGCCUUUCUUGGGAAUUCUGGCAGAAAUCAUCAUCCUUGUGGUGAUCAUUGUUGUAUAUGAAAAGAGGAAGAGGCCAGAUGAAGUUCCUGACGACGAUGAACCAGCUGGGCCAAUGAAAACCAACUCUACCAACAAUCACAAAGAUAAAAACUUGCGCCAGAGAAACACAAAUUAAAUACUACUUAUAAUAUCUUUAGGUUCCUGAAACUGGUGGCAACAGGACCUGCUAAAUUUUCUGCUUGGACCUCUUUGGUUCUUUCCCCUUUCAAGUGAGCAGCACCAUGAUGACUGUCUAAAGCAUGCCUUAUCUAGCCUCUCCUGUAAGGGUGAUCUAGCCAGGUACAUUUUAAACAAUGCUUCAGUGUAGAAGGUGUAAACUAUUUUGGGCUUGAUGUGCUGUGAAUGUUGCUUUUAUUUUAUUUUUUUGUUAAAAUAUUUAAAUAGAAGUGAAAAGGUGACCCCUGAGGGUCAGAUCAUGCAUGCGCCAUUUUUUACUUAAUGCAGCUGUUAAAUUGGCAAAGCUCUAAAAUGCACUGCUGCCAUCUAGUGAUACAUUUUUGUAAAGUUCUGCAAAACAUACAGAUAUAUACAGUAUAUAAAUAUAUAUAUAUAUAUAUUUAUAUUUUUUGGGGUGGGAGAAAUCCAAAAUAAAUGCUUGUUUCAUUUUUAAGCUGCUGAUACUCAUUCCUUAUUGUAUGUUGUCAGAUGAGGAAACUGUUCAGUUCUGGUACAUAAAGAUGAGUAAUAUAAACUGAAAUCUAUAAUUCUAAGGGCUUAACAUGACUUUGAUAAGAAGCUGGAACAAUUCACUGAAUGGAUAUAAUGAAUUACAGUAUAUAUGUAUGAUUGCUUUUAAAAUGAUUAUUCUUUCUUUUGUUAAAUCAUGUAAAUUCCUAAAUCCUUUUGCACUGAUGUGUUAAAACCUAAUUGUACAUUGAGUUAAGGCAAACUUUUAUAAUUUACCUUUUGUUUUCAAUGAUCUUGAAAUGUUAAAGCAUGGUAUUCUAUGCAACUAGUUAUUCUUUGAGGUUGACACUGUAUUUUUUCAUUGAUUGAGUGUAGAUUUUCACACCCAGCAGGGUUCUCACGCGGUGCGUAAUUGGUAGAUGCAUGUACUUGUGUUUUGUGUAAUUGCUGAAGUGCAAUGAUGUAAAAAGUGGAGUCACCUGUUUUUAAAAAUAAAACUGAUAAAAGGUG